CUUCGGCCAUCGAAGAAACGACUUGACGAGUCUUCCGAUCGUAUGUUGCGGGAGUGAUUCGCUAUCACUCGCUAUAUCACUCGAUUGUCGUGGAAGUCGGUGCUUUUUUAUAUACGGAGUGUCGCGGGAAAGUUGUUUUCUGUGUUAUUGCUUAUGCUAGUUGGAUAAUAGUACCGCGAUGAUUUCGACGGGAAUCUGUCGUUGGCUCUUUCUGCUCAUAUCCCUCUCGACAUGGACAAGACUCAUAGAUUCAAAGGAAAUGAGGAUAGUGUGUUACUACACCAACUGGUCGAUAUACAGGCCGGGCCAAGCCAAGUUCAGUCCGCAGAACAUCAAUCCGUAUUUAUGCACCCAUUUGAUUUACGCAUUUGGGGGAUUCACCAAAGAAAACACUCUCAAGCCAUUCGAUAAAUAUCAGGAUAUCGAGAAAGGUGGCUACGCCAAGUUCACCGGCCUAAAAACGUACAACAAGAACCUGAAAACGAUGAUCGCCAUCGGUGGUUGGAACGAGGGUUCGUCCAGGUUCUCGCCGAUGGUCGCUAGUGCAGACAGAAGAAAGGAACUCGUCCGGAACGCCGUCAAGUUCUUAAGGCAGAACCAUUUCGACGGGCUGGAUUUGGACUGGGAGUAUCCCUCGUUUAGGGACGGAGGAAAACCACGAGAUAGGGAUAAUUAUGCUCAAUUAGUUAAGGAAUUACGAGAGGAAUUCGAAAGGGAAUCCGAGAAGACCGGCAGACCCCGUUUGUUGCUCACGAUGGCGGUACCGGCGGGCAUCGAGUACAUCAACAAAGGAUACGACGUACCCAAACUGACCAAAUACCUGGACUGGAUGAACAUCCUCAGCUACGACUACCAUUCGGCAUAUGAACCCGCCGUAAACCAUCACGCACCACUUUACCCAUUAGAAGAGGAAAACGAGUACAAUUACGACACAGAACUGAACAUUGAUUAUACCAUAAAGCAUUACCUAAAGUUGGGCGCGGAUCCUAAUAAGUUGGUCCUGGGAAUCCCCACUUACGGCCGCUCCUAUACCCUGUUUAAUCCGGACGCCUAUGAGAUCGGCUCCCCUGCAGACGGUCCUGGAAAUAUGGGCGAAUAUACCCGAGAAAAUGGAUAUUUGGCUUAUUAUGAAAUCUGCGAAUAUAUAAAAGAGCAAGACUGGGAGGUAGAAGAUCCAAACCCGGAAGCGAUGGGUCCGAUCGCCUUCAAAGAAAACCAAUGGGUGGGUUACGAUGACGAGAACAUCGUCCGCAAAAAGGCCGAAUACGUGGUGGAAAACAAACUGGGCGGCAUCAUGUUCUGGGCGAUCGAUAAUGACGAUUUUAGGGGUACCUGUCAUGGUAAACCGUAUCCACUUAUAGAGGCCGCGAAGGAGGCCAUGCUGAACGCUUAUGGAAUUACUGAGGAAAAUCUGAUUUCGCCGCCAUCGAAACCGACCAAGAGGCCCAAAACGAAAUCGAAGACUAGGACUACCACGACCACGGAGCAGCCUGAGGAUGAAAAUAGUGUGAAACCGAGUAGGAGAAGAAGGAUCAAAACAAAAUCGAAACAAGAAGAAAGACCUUCGACCACAUCACAAAAACGCCGCAAGACUUCUUCGAAGAAAACCGAGGGAGGCACUUCUACUUACAGUAGCUUAAAAAUCGCCACUCCUGCUUACACAACCCCGGAGCCACCCGCUACGCCGGACAUGGGAGGAGGAUUCAAAUGUGAGGACGAGGGUUUCUUCCCGCACCCGAAAGACUGCAAGAAGUAUUAUUGGUGUUUAAAUGGGGCAGGAGAUACGGGAAUUAUUGCGCAUCAGUUCACUUGUCCUGCAGGUCUAUAUUUUAAUAAGGCGGCGGAUUCUUGCGACUAUAGUCAGAACGUUUUGUGCAAUAAGAAGCUUCAGAAGGCUUCCACCACACCAGUUAAGGAGACGACUACGAAAGCCAGUACAACUGAGAGUAGCGUAGCUACGAGUACUACGGUUAAAGUUGCCAGUAAAAGUGCCUUUAAUUUUAGGACUUCUACUACUACCACCGAGGCUUAUGAAUAUGAAGAAGAGUAUGAAGACGAAGAAGAAGAAAAUGCACCACACAAAAAAGAAGAACCCGAAGAAGACCCCAAAGUAAUCAAAGAACUACUGGAUUUAAUCCGUAAGGCGGGCGGCAUCGAAGAGUUGGAGAAACAAUUAAAGAUCAAGGAUGCCCAAACGGUGUCCAGCUCAGAUUCAACCACCCCCUCGGCUAUUAGCAAGAGCAUUUUCGAACGGGUCUUGGGUAAAACCUCAAAAAACACUUUGAACGCUUUUAAAAGGACCUCGAUCAAUCGAAACAGCGGAGGGCCACAAGGCAGCGACGACACUAAGGAGGAGGAGGAGGAGAAGAAGGUCGAUAGAGGGAGGCCCCAAUAUAAAACCCUUUCCAGGCAAAGGUCCACCACUGAAAAACCUUCUGCAGAAGAAGAAGAAGAGGAAGAACAGAAACCCGAAAGAAAAUCAUUCAGAGCGAAAUCUUCACUGGAGUACGUGAACAUUAGGAGGCCAAAGGCCAGCACCACUACCGAGACCCCUGAAGAUAACAGUUUUCAAAGGAAUAAAAUCCUCGGUGAAACAGACCCGACCGAUGAGAGUGACGAAGAGGCCACCAUCACUCAAAAAUCCAAUUUCCCCCAAUACGUUAACAUAAGAAGACAAAGACCUUCGACGACUUCAGCUUCGCCAGAACCCGAGACCAAAUAUGUCUCUGUUAGGAGAACCACCACUGCUUCUGCACUGGCACCUGACAAUGAGGAUGAGCAAAAGUACGAAGUGGAAAGACGUGGUACCACAACUACAGAACCUGCGACCGAAGAGAACGAGGAAGUUAGGAGGCGUUCGACCAUCUCACCUGAAACUGCCGAUAAUAUUGAGUCUAAAUACUCUACAAUCCGUAGGUCUACCACGUCAUCUCCUGUUGAAGAUAACGAACCUAUCAAAAGCAGCCUUGAUGCUACGACACCUGAGGAGUCUACCACAGUUGGAGCGACCCCUACCGAAAGCAACCAACAAGACUCGAACGAUACCAUCACCGACACACCAGAAUCACAAACCUUAAGUAACUUAAUAACAAUAACUGAAAGUGUAAACCUAACGAGCACACAAGCGACAGAAAGUAAUAGCGGCUCAUCUACAAUAACCGAACCGGAAACCAACAAAAAGAAACGUCCGGCCCUUUACCAACCGAGACCGUUCUCUUUCGGUUCUACCACGUCAAAACCGGAACCUACAACCACGACCGCAACCAAGGUGAGUCAAACUUUUAAAUUUCGAGUAAGACCCACUUCUUCUUCUUCCUCUUCUUCCACCACUGAGCCAUCUCCCGCCACCGUUAGAACCAGAACCAGAUUUAAUAAACUGAACCGGAACCUCAACGAGGACUCCGAACAAGAAGAAAAGUACCAAAGAACAGUCGAAACAAAACCGCGAACCCGAAAACGCAUUGCGACUACCACCGCGACCCCCGUGGACUUUAACGAGGAAUACAACCGAAAAUAUCGCCCCGUAGAGUUGGCCGAUUUGUCCUCCCUGACCGCUGUGGACCUACGGGGCGGAUUCGUAUCGAAAAAUAAACGAAGAAGACCGGUAGCGACUACCACGUCUGAAAAGCCACUGGAUGAAGCGGAGAAAACUGGCCCUAGGACCAUUACACUUGCCAGAAAGGCCCUCGGGGAAACGGCUUUCGGUAAGUCACGAAGGGUAGUCGAAGAGCCAGCGAGCAAAACAACCACCACGACAAAACCGUCCUUAAGACCCAGGAAAAUUAUAAGGAAAUUCAAGGGUGCAAGCAGCACAACCCCGAGUGCUCCAUCAGACGAUAUUUCCUCGAACUCUGUGACGGCUCCAAAGCGCAAACGGAUCCCGAUAUUCAGACAAAGAACCACCACUGAAUCCACUUCGAGGCAGUUGAACCAAACAGAUGAAGAACCCGGGGAGGAGGAGGACGAGAAUAUAAAACUGUCAGAGUCGAACAUCAGAGAAAGCAGCCACGUUAAUACUCUCGGUUUCGAGGAAAAGCCCGGCAAGUACAGAUUCGGGAAGUCCAAGGAGGUGGUGAGUUCCUAUGGGGGUAAAUUGGAUGCCAGUAGUACGGCACCAACCAGGAUUUUACGCACCAGAAAGAUUAUUAGAAAGUUUAAUGAGAGUACAGAGAGUGAACCUAAAAAGCGGUUCUUCAGGGGCAGAACUUCUGCUCUACAGUCUCUCUCUGAUCAGUUGCAGGAUGACAAAGAUAGGAAUAUUUUCAGUCCAACUAGGUCGAGUUUAUAUACGAGACAUACGACUUCGAAAUCGGUUGAAGGACAGAAGGAGAAUAGUGAAGCAGGUUUAUCAACUGAGAAGGCAUAUGCAAGCAAUGGCCUCAGUUUAAGCUUGUAUAACAGCCCCACUGUCAAAAAUCAGGAAGAAAAAGAAGAGAAUGAAGGUGUCACUGGUAUUACAGAAGACUCCUCUAAAUUUCCAACCAGUACUGAAGAGUCAGUUUCUUUGAAGAACAGUUUAAGGCUAAGCCCGUAUAAUAGACAUACUUUUGGUGCCUCAAACCCAGCUGAAGAAGAAAAUGAGGAGGAGAAAGAGGCUAAUGAUACCACUGAAGAAGUUUCUUCUCAGUACGAUUUUUCAUCUAAGAAGACUUUUACGGAGAAAAAUACCACAGAAGAACCGACUUUAACAAGUGGGAGGCCUAGGUUAGCGGUUUAUACAAGACACACGUCCACUAGUACUACUUCCAGUACAAUAGACGAAGAAGAAGAAAAGGAUGAAAAUAGUGAUGGUGAGAUCACUGAAGAAGUUUCUUCUAAGUUUAAUUAUUCCCCUAAGACAAGUUUUACUGACAAAAUUACUACUGAAGGACCGACUUCAAUUAGUGGUAAGCUCAGAUUCGGACUUUAUACGAGACAUACGUCUAUUACUACUCCCAGUGCAAUAGAAAAAGAAGAAGAGGAGGAAGAAGACAGUGAUAGUGAGACCACUGAAGAAAUUUAUUCUAAGUACAAUUUCUCACCUAAGAAAACUUUUACUGGAAAAAGUACCACAGAAGAACCGGCUUCAACAAGUGCUAACCUGAGAUUAGGAGUAUAUACAAGACAUAAAUCUACCACUACUACACCCAGUGCAAUAGAAGAAGAAGAAGAGGAGGAGGAAGAAGACAGUGACGAUGAAACCACUGAAGAAGCUUCAUCGAAGUACAAAUUCUCACCUAAAAAGACCUUCACAGUAAAAAGUACCACACAAAAACCAACUUCAACCAGUGGUAAGGUCAGAUUAGGUUUAUAUACAAGACAUACAUCCACCACGUCUACACCCAAUGCAAUUGAAGAAGAAGAUAUCGAAGAGUAUGAAACCACUGAAGAAGAGCUUAAUUUCUCACCUAAAAAGACUUUUAUAGGAGAAAGUACCACAGAAGAACCGACUUCAACAAACGGCAAGCUUAGACUGGGACUUUAUACAAGACAUACGUCCACAACUUCAAAUAUAUUUAAAGAGGAAGAGGGGGAAGAUAAUGAUGAUGGUACCACUGAAGAAGUGUCUUCUAAGUAUGAUUUUUCACCUAAAAAGAUUUCUACGCCAUCAAGCACUAGCGAAGAACCAACUCGGCAUACGCCCACCAUACAUGAGGAAGAGGAUGAUGAUGAUUUCUUUGAAGAAGAGCUUGAUUGCCCACCCAAGCAGACUUUUACAAAAAAAAAUCCCACUGAAGAAGCAACUACUAAAAUCAGAUUAGACUUGUAUACAAGACAUACGUCUACAACAACUACUUCAAACCCUAGUGAAGAAGAAGAUGAAGAAGAGGAUGAUGAUGCUGAAGAGGAGGAUGACAACGACACUGAAUACAAUAGUUUAACCGAGAAAAGCCCCACUGAAGAAUCAAGUUCAACGAACGGUAAAAUCAGAUUAAGCUUGUAUACUAGACACCAAACUUCAACCGCCCCAACUCCAAUUGACGAAGAAGAGAACACCACCGGAGAAAACUCUACUUUCUCCAAAUCUUCCUUUGAUACUGAACACGACGCAUCUCCCAAGCCUUUAGGAGAAACGGAAGAACCAGUUCUAGCAACCACUCUCGCAAAUAAAGAAGAAGAUGAUGAUGACGAUGAUGAUGCAAUUACUGAAACAGACCCUCUUAAAUACACCGUAUAUACAUCAUCGAUAGGACGCACGCACCAGUUCGAAUCAAACACCAACUUUAACGAGGAGAAUGACACAAAAACUGUCAACUCUUCACGCCUCAUGUCCGCACUAAACACCCGCAACGAGUCCCACAUAGUAAUAAACGAAAAUGAUGUAACGGAAACGACCGACAAGGUUCCUGAGAGCACUACGGAGUACCAUCGCAGGAGCACCUUAAGGCCCGUAAACGGCCGUCCUAAGUUUGGUUUCACGAGAAAAACUGCUUCGGCGGAGAAUCAGAGCACUAAACGGGCUUUCGGUAAGGGGGCUUUCAAGAAACCAUCUGCUGAAGUGACUAGAAGGAGUUUUGGGGCUCGCCCUACCACUCCGUUACCUUUAAAUAAGCUUCUUUACAGAUACAGUAGCACGCAUAAUGAACCAACAUCAACCACGGCCAGGAUAGUCAAUAAACCUGCUGCUAGUGAACUUAAAAACGACUUAGACGUAGAUACCGAAGCGAUCAAGGCGAGAAAUAAAAAUUUGUUUGCCAAAAGAAAAAUGAACACUCCCGCGGUUGUUUCGACGACCACAGAGCCUCCUGCUGAGUCUACGGAAGCAGGCAUGACCACUCUACAUCACAUUUUUGCGGAACUAACUGAUUCCGAAUCAGCUACUGAGACCAUGCUGUCCGCUUCGAGCUCACCAGAGACCUCAAGCAAAGUAGAACGUUUGAUAGAAGUAAACAGGAUUGUCCAGGUGCAAACAAAUGAAGACACUAAAGUGCCCACUGUGGAUAAAAUCGGGGAGAUUUCCAGGAUAACUUUGAUUAAGAUCGUCGAGGGUAAUAAUGAGACGGUUAUCAUGCAAGAUCCGGUUUUAAAUGAAAUCUUAAGGGCAAGUAAACCAGACCCGGCUGGGCAACGGGAGGACCGUAAAUACGAAAUAUUUGGCGACAGUAAAGUGGCCAACAGCAAGGACUUGCUCGUUAAUCCGUCAGGGAAACCGGAAAUCAUCGAUGGUAUAUCUCACAUUAACGUGGUGACCCCUAAGCCUCUGCUGGUGACCGAAGCAUCCACCAUUUCGCUGCAAGGGUUAUUUCAAACGGAAAAGCCCCAUUUGAACCCCAGUUUUACCACUAGCGACGAAGUGCUUGAGGGAGGUUUAUCGGAGUUUGUAAACGUAAGGGUUCUGAAUGGGGACGAACCUAAUACGGUUCCGAUAAAGGUUUUAAACGAGGAGGAGAGCACCAUUCAGGCUCACGUAAUGGAAAUUAGUCCGAAACCGGAUUCGCGAACGAUAAAGAUUGUCCCUAUUAAGGUUGAGAUGGCCAGGAGUGUGAGAGUGCCUCAUAAAUGAGCUGAUUUAUUCGAUGAGAGAAUGAGGAGUUAUUGUUGAUAAUGUAAAUAAAUUGUUUUUAUGUUUACUUUAGUGGUAACCUUCUUAGCACUUGUAAAAAUAUUGAUGCACGAGCCUGUUAUAUUACUUUCUGUCUUUCUUUGUGUGUGCCAUAAUUUGUUGGAAUAUUGAAGGAAACCGGGGGAGUGGAGUUAUUUAUUCCAUUUAUUCCGGUUUAUUCCUAAGAAAUUGUUAUGGGCGUGAUUCUUGAUGCAUGUCGGCCAGUGGGGUGUAUUUUUCUUAUUUUUAAUUAUAUACUUUGUAAUGUAAUAUUUAAAUAUAUUGUGAUAUUUAAUAAGAGA